AUGAGUGGCGGAGGGACAGAGACCCCUGUAGCGUGCGAGGCCGCCCAGGGCGGCGGCGGCAAGAAGCGGGAUUCGCUGGGGACUCCGGGUGCGGCGCACCUCAUUAUCAAGGAUCUUGGAGAAAUCCAUUCAAGGCUGCUGGAUCACAGACCAGUUACCCAAGGUGAAAUCCGUUACUUUGUAAAAGAAUUUGAAGAAAGACGUGGUCUUCGAGAACUGCGCGUUCUUGAGAAUUUGAAGAACAGGAUCCAGGAAACAAAUGAGCGCAUUCUUCCUCAGUGCAGAGAAAGCAUGCAUGGCGGCCUGGGGGAGACCCUGCAGAGACUGCACGCAGCUAACGACUUCAUCUGUAGAAUCCAGCAGAGAGAACAGGAACGGAAAAAGGUGAUUAAUGACCACUUGACAGCUAGUGAGAAGCACCGUCUGCUCCAGUGGGAGGAGUUCCUGAAAGGACAGCCGCAGCGCAGAGCUGAGGUGGAUGACGAGCACAGAAGAGCCAUGGAGAGGCUCAGAGAGCAGUAUGCAGCGAUGGAGAAGGACCUAGCGAAGUUUUCCACCUUUUAAGACUUUGAUCUAAAAGAGACAGAUGAAUGAGAAAGCACUUUCUCAUUCCCCCCACCCCCCAAAUCUUCCCAGCAACCAUGUAGCCUGUCCUUCAAUCUUAGCAAUACACUCAGGAGCACUCUUAGGUCUGAAGAGAGACACUGCUGGAGCCAGAUACAUGUCCAGUGGAAGGUGGGUGCUUAUGUACCUACCUGUGAUCAUCUGAAGAAGAGGAGGGAAUGUGGGACACAUUACUGCUAAACAGAUUUGUUCUUUUCAGUGAUUAGCUUAGAGGGCUUCGAGUGUAGAUUUCUUCAAGGGUUCACUUCAUUCCACCAAGGGCAAAUGAUUUGUUUUACAUUGUGGAUUAAAUGGCAGAUAUGACAGCUGCCCAUCACAGCAUCUGAACAGCUUGCCUGGAGACAACAGGUUUUGCAGUGCAACACAGUGCCAUGAGUUUCUCUGAGUGACAAGACAUACAUGAUUGGUAGCCUUGUAGCACUUAAUAUUUUCAUUUUCUAAGCUAUGCUUAGAAAAACCAAAAUGUAUUUUGACUUUUUCCUCUCCAAGGACCAUCAUCUAGCCCAUAAUACUUACUUGCUUUCCUGUCCAUUUCACACUGGGCAAGCACUCCAAGGAAUAGCAUCUGUGCACAUUUCAGCUGCUCAGUGAGUAGUCAACAGAAUCUGCCAAGAAGUCCCUCGCAGGCCAUGUAAGAUGGGCUCUGGGUGGGCUAAAAAUGCUCGUCCACACAGUGGAUGAUGUGUCAGAGUAAAUCCUCUUCGUAUUAGCAUCUGUUCUCUAGCAGGUGUGCUCAGAUGGAACACCACUGUCCUCUGCCACUGUGAUCUUUCCAUGCCUGUGCUUAGUCUAAGGAAGGACUGCAUCAAAUGUCAUUUGUUGUAAACUAAACAGAAGUUCAUGCAAUUGUUUGAGGAGAUGCAUAGCCAGUGGAUUUGAGGUGUACAUGGGUCUUUCUAGUAUUUUCUGUUCUUCAGUAAAGAAAGGCAAGGCAGAAAAUCCCUAGCUGUCGUGUUAUCUCAGUAUUCUCACUGCAGAAAAUCGACAAUGCGUGCCUGUGUAAAUGUAUGGCUGACUGUGAAAGCUUCAUUCUUGGCUCAUGUUGAAAUGUGAUUAAAGCUAAUAGAAGAGAUGAAA